AUGGCUACUGCAGUAGUCAAGGACGAUGGGGCCAUUCACUUUGGCUUUCAUCGGUCCAACUAUUCCCAAUUAAGUCUUCAUCUCCUGUUGGCCGUCUUGAUUGGCGUCACAUUGCGCCUGACGACUUUUAAAGAAGCCACGGAUUCCGACAUUACCAACCAAAUCGGCGACAAGUAUGUCGUCAAAACAUCCUUUUUGGUUUCCUUUGGCUUUACCAAGGCACUUUCCAACCUCCUGGUGGGCAGAGUUUCGGAUGUGUACGGCCGAAAGCUUGCUCAUACAUUGGGGUGGGGGUUUGGGGUAAUAUUGGGAGGACUCUUGUUGGGAUUGGCAUGGAGUGUCACAAAUAAUGAGAAAGAAGAAGAAGAAAGCGCUGCUACUCUUUGGAUCUGGUAUGUCGGAGCCAACAUAUGUCUCGGAGCCCAACAAGGAUGGACCUGGACGACCAAUAUUUUCAUGUUUUUGGAUAUCUUGGGACCAGAGAAUCGAGCCAUGGCCAGUGCCAUUUCCAACAGUGCCGGCUAUCUGACAUCGGCAGUCACGACCUAUGCGGCCGCUGCCCUGUCGACCAAAGAGGCAUUUUGGUGGGUGCUAGGAUCGUCGCUUUUGGGUUGCGCCGUCUCUUUUUUCUUGGUAAAAGACACCACUCCCUUUGUCCAUCAAGAAGAAGCAAAUAUCCAUUCACAAAGAAGAAUCCCCAUUCCACAACAGGAAAUGGUCGAUUUGCAAUCUACAUUUCCACCUCAAGCAGAAGAAGAUCAGCUACGCUUAGUCCAUCCCCAGGGAGGCGAGUAUGCAACAACAAUACCCACCAAGCCCUCUCCGUCUUCUUUUGGAGCGGUAUUUGUCACCACCUGUUGGUACAAUCCCAGUGCCGCUGUACUUUGUUGGGGUGGCUUAACCGCUAAUUUGGUCACAUCCUUGGCAUGGGGAUUGGUACUCAUUUGGGGCGCACAGCAAGGCUUGUCCACGCUACAAUUGGCCCAUAUUGGAUCGGCAUUUACACUCACCAAGGGCACUGCCAUGCUGGUGUCGGGGUAUUGCAGUGAUCGAAUCGCCCGUCGGAAAGUCGUCUUGAUCGCGGGGUAUCUAGUGGCGGCAUUGGGGUUACUGGUCACAGCAGGGGCCGACAAUGACAAUAGCAAUGACUUGGCAGCAAUUUACAAUCGACUCUUGUGGGGUGGCAUCAUUAUUGGAUCGGGCAUUGGGAGUGUCUAUUGCAUCUUGACGGCCGGAUUGAGUGAUCAUACGCCACCUCAAGAUCGAGCAUCUGCCAUUGGGAGAAAUUCAAGAUUCAACAAGUGCAAAAGACAACACUGUUUUAAGUCCUCCCUAUCAACAACCGAAACAGCUCCCACAAAGCUGUUGGCAGAACCCAAGAAUCCUCGAGAUGAAUUGCUACGAUUGUUCGCCAGCGAUGAUCGCUUCAAUCAGUUCUGUUGGUCCCAGACGCUCAAACAAGAAAUCAAUCCAUGA